AUGAACACUUUAGCAAAUCUGCUGAUAGCUGGAGUAGUGAAAGUAUGUGGAGGACCUGAAUUCGACCUUCUAAGUAACCUUUUAUGGGUAUAUUUUAUCACAGGAGUCAGAAAUACUUUACAAGCUCUCAGGGAUAAAACGAAGCCUAAAUUGUUAUUUGAAGAAUCGAUAGCUCUGCUUAAAACAGAAUUACUCAUUAUUCUGUUUGAUAUUCACAAGGAUUCUGGCUUGUCAGCUGCAAUAGGCGAAUACCUAAGUGACCAUCUGAAAUAUGUGCCAGUAACCAUUCUAAAUUUGGUUUGUAUUUAUGCAAUUGCAAUUUUAACCGAAUUCACGUCCAAUGUAGCAACAGUGUCAAUUUUUAUUCCCAUUAUUUAUAGUUUAUGUGAAGGAAUUGGAAUACAUCCGUUUACGUUGGCAUUGCCUGCGACUGCCGCAGCUUCAUUUGCAUUCAUGCUUCCUGUUGCAACCCCACCUAAUACGAUUGUUUUCGCUAAAGGAAGAGUACGAGUUAAAGAUAUGGUAAUAGCUGGAAUCCCCUUAAAUAUAAUUGGCGGUCUUAUUGUACUCACAGCGGUAUCUACUUAUGCAGUACCACUUUUCGGAUUGAACAACAAACCGUCAUGGAUGAAUAAUGCUUGA